CAAGGCUGGAUCUUGACCAUUUUAUCCUCUUUGAUGUGUCUUCUUGGAUGCUCUUUAAUUUACUCUGAUAUCCUAUAUCAAUCUCUCUUUCCAAAAUUAUUCCAAAGGUAUCCCUUCAACAUACAAAACUCAAAUAAAGUCCUUAUUGCUACUUUAUCUUUAUCCUCUGGCUCGUUGAUUUUUACUUCCUUUUAUGAAAUUCUACCUGAAUCAAAUGAAUAUUUUAAUAAGAAUUCCUUUCUCCAUGACAAAAAAUCUCUCUUGAAUUUAAUCCUUUUCUCUUGCUUCUUCUCCGGUAUUCUUAUCUGUCAGGUACUAAAUCUAUUGAUUCACAUUUUCACCAGCCAAAGUAUCGUUCAUUGCGCUCAUGAUCAAGAUGAUUCCUCCUCAAAUGAUGAUGACCACAUUCAUAAACACAACCAUAAUCAUGAUAAUGCACACUUGAAUGGCUCAACUAAAUCAACUUCUAAUCUAAGUAACCUCAACUUCAAUAUCAUUAAUAAUAGCAAUAAUAACAUCAAAUCUUCCUCUUUUAUUGAACCUAAGGAUUUAAAACAAAUUAAUACCAUUAACACUAUUAGUACCACUACUACCAACAAUAAUGAAAACUUAACUUUAAUUGCUUUUAAAUCUCACUCUCAAAAUCACAACCAUUUUAACCCAAUCUCUCUUUCCCAAUCCCUUUCUCACCUAAACACAAGCAGAGUUUCCUCGUCUUCUCCUUCCUCUUCAAACUCAAACUCAAACUCAAACUCAAAUUCAAAUUCAAACUCUUCUCUAGAUCUAAUGCUAGUCAAUCAAAACGAAUUACACAAACAUUCUCUACAUCCCUCAGAUCACCAUCAUCACAUUAUAACCCCAAUAUCAAGAUUAUUAGCCAUUGGUUUACAAACGACCCUAGCUAUUUGUUUACAUAAAUUACCCGAAGGUUUUAUAACUUAUGCCACCUCUAAAAUGGACAAAUCCCUAGGUAUUAACAUUUUCUUAUCUCUAGCAAUGCAUAAUAUAGCAGAGGGCUUUUCAAUGACUUUACCUCUAUUUUUGGCUCUAGAAUCAAGAUGGAAAGCAAUCUGUAUUAGUGGAGGUUUGGGCGCAAUGGCUCAACCUCUAGGUGCAAUCAUAUCUUGGUUAUUCUUUAAAUUAACUCAAAACAAUUUUGAUAUCCAAAAUUUAAAUCUCUUAUUUGGUUGUCUAAUGAGUUUAACGUGUGGUUUUUUAGCUAAUAUAGGUUUCCAAAUGAUUAUAACCGCUGGAAUAAAUUUCGGUGGUAAGCAAAAUUUUAUCCUAUUUUGGUGUUUCAUUGGUAUCGCCAUUAUUGGCAUCAGUACAACAUUAACU